AUGUCGAACUUAUCAAAGCUUGAAUUCACCGCACUUGACAUCUCGGGUAACAACUACCUCCCAUGGACUCUUGAUGCUAAAAUUCAUUUGACGGCAAAUAAUUUAGGGGAGACAAUUAUUGAUAGUAAUCAAACUUCACCUCAAGAUAAAGCGAAAGCUAUGAUAUUCCUCCACCAUCAUCUUCACGAAGAUCUAAAGCGGGAAUAUCUAACUGUUGAGGACCCUCUUGAAUUAUGGACAAACAUCAAAGAACGUUUUGACCACCAGAAGUUGGUCUUACUCCCCAAAGCCCGCUAUGAAUGGCUUCAUUUACGACUGCAGGAUUUUAAGUCUGUCAGUGAAUAUUAUUCUGCCUUGUUUUGUAUUACCUCUGAGUUAAAAUUAUGUGGUGAAAAAAUAACCGAUGAAGACAUGCUUGAAAAAACCUUCUCAACGUUCCAUGCCUCAAACAUGCUCCUGUCGCAGCAAUACUGGGAACGUAAAUUUACUAAAUAUUCUGAAUUGAUAUCAUGUCUUCUGGUCGUGGAGCAAAACAACAAGUUCCUACUACAAAACCAUCAAUCGAGACCCGCCGGUGCAAGCCCAUUCCCUGAAGCGAAUGUGGCCAAUUAUCAAAGCGGACGAGGUAGAGGUCGCGGCCCCAGCAGAGGUCAUGGUCGUGGUCGAAGACGAGGAUAUACAUGGCAUCGAGAGUCCCAGAACACUAAAAAUAGCGGUGGUGAAUCGAGUCGACACAAUACGGGGCGACCUUCGAAAGGGAAAAGUAGCGGGAACUAA